UCAAGCUUGGGAUUUAUGUCUCGGCAUUUUCUCAAACACUUCGUGUGCACAAACGAUGGUUUUCUCCGCAAACCCACUCGCUCUGAGCGUCCCUGAGCCGGCUUUCGAGGCCUGGCUCCGCGACACGGGCUACCUCGAGGUGCUUGACUCCCAACCCGUCCCUCCCCCCUCCGCCGAUCGCCGGAGCAAACCCACCACCGCAGCCACCAUAGCCCCAGCCAUCGGUGGUACUACUAACUUCUUCUCCUCAGCUCUCUCCUGCUUCCGAACCCUAGUCUCUAUAACCACUCUCAAUCCCUUCGCCAAGCUCGUCCCCGAUGACUUCACUGCCCCAACCCCCUCCUGGACUUCCGCCUUCAUCGGCCCUGCUUAUUCCUACUCAUGGCCGCCGGACCCCGCGCAGGCCCGCAUGAGGGUGCAGGAGAACGUCCGGCGGUAUGUGCGCAACUACGCGGCUCUUGCCAUUGUUUUCUUUGCUUGCUCUCUGUAUCAGAUGCCAAUUUCUUUGUUGGGAUUGGUUUUGUGUUUGGGUUUGUGGGAGCUGUUGAGAUUUUGCUGUGAUAAAUUGGAACUGGAGCUGCUGUACCCGGGGCUGAGGCAAGUGUUGAUUAGGAUCACUCAAAUUGCAGCUGCAGUUGUCCUCUAUUUGUGCAACAUGCAGAUGGUCCUCAUCUGUGCCAUCUCUGUCAGCUACUUGGUGAUGAUCUUGCAUGCCUCUCUUCGGAAGUUGACCCCUACAAAGCAGUCAAACCGGCAAAGACAAUCUCUUACUAGAACUACACGCCUGUCUUCACAUGUUUUUUAACCUCAGUAAGGAGCUCGCCUGCAUUUCAAAUCAAGCAAAAGAAUAAGGUGCCUUAAUCAACCUAAUUGUCAACAUGAUGUGUAAAAAUGAAGAUCCAAGUUAACAGGUAAACACAAUCCAUAUAUUCAAGCCUUGUUCUCUCAGAUAUGGCAAAGUGGUUUUCUUCUGCUCAUAUUAUAUCAAAGUUUAUAUAGAUCACCAUUGCUCUAGGCUUCUUCAACGUAGAGUACAGGAACCCUUUAAUUCUGACAAUGCUUCCAUUGAUGCAUACUCUUCCCCUAGUCAGUAAGCACCGAGCAGAUGAAAAUGCUAAAAGCUCUUACAAAAUCAAGGGAUUUAUCUGCUAGAGUCAAUAAGCUAUAAUUAUGUUGUUUACCAGAACCACGUAUCAUUGUCCAUCAUACGAUGUCUUAAAUCAUAAACAGAUUACCCACCUAUGUACUGUGGCCGCCAAUGAUUGUUUUCCGGUGACAAGAUCGAAUGGUGAGAUUUGGAGCUUGGUGGCUGUUGGUGCCGAGUCGCUGUGUGGAUGGCGAUGGAGAGUUGGGACCUUGUGGCAUCGACGGCAGUGAGGAAUUGCUAGUAGAGGAAGAACUGGCUGUGUAGAGUUUAGGAGAGUGGUGAAAAUAAUGUUGAGUUUUUACUGGAUUUCUGUUAGAUUAGCAACUAGUAAAAUGAACUACUUAUAUAAAAUAGUUUAAGUAGAAAUGAGAUUUUUACAUUAAUCUAAACAUGGGAUUUGACAAA